AUGCUGUCUACUCGUGGUCGCAGAUAUGCGGCCUUGGAUCUGGCUGCAGGCUACACCAAAAAUCGUGGCCAUCUCUAUGACAAGACCAAACACCCAACAGGUCUAGUGUCUUUCAGCCUUGCGGAAAACUUGCUCAUGCGAGAAGAGGUCCUAGAUUACAUAAAGACCAAGUGUGCUCCCAGCCUUGAGCCUAACACCUUGACCUAUCAUGACGGCCCUUUUGGAUCCAAGCGCCUGCGACAAGCGAUGGCUGCGUUCGUCAACAAGCGUUUCUCGCCCGUUUCAACUGUAACAAUCGACCAAGUAUCUUUUGUUAGUGGUGUGACUGCGUUGAACGACAUCUUGUCUCUAUGUUUGACAGACGGAGAGAACGAUGGUUUGCUUCUUGGUAUGCCUAUAUACGGAUCUUUCUUUCCGGAUAUGGCAAGCAUGUCCAACUGCAAGUUGGUUUACACCCCUUUCAACGGCGAAGACCAGUUUACUACCACGGCAGUUGAAUACUACGAGCGCGCUGUCGAAGAAGCUGGCCGAAAUGGGACCAGAGUAAAAGCACUCAUCAUAUCCAAUCCACAUAAUCCACUCGGCCGGUGCUAUCCCCGUGACACUCUAAAGGGUAUCCUCCGUUUCUGCGAAAAACAGAGCAUACAUCUUAUCAGCGAUGAAAUAUAUGCUCAAUCGGUGUAUAACACGAGUUCGGCCUAUGAAGAAUUUACGUCAAUACUCUCCGUUGACGUGAAAGGUAUCAUUGACGAAAAACUUGUCCAUGUAAUGUACGGAAUGUCAAAGGACUUUGCUGCCGCUGGCUUGAGACUCGGGUGUUUAAUCACAAGAAAUAAAGAACUGGGACAAGCUGUUCAGUCUUUAGCACGGUUUCACGGCGCCUCGCCAGUGACUGAUGCUAUUGCCACCACCAUACUCGAGGAUGAAGAGUGGCACGCCCAGUUUUUGACGAAGAGCGUGAGGGCGUUGCGUGAAAACCAUGAACUUGUGGCAGAGGGACUCAACAAGGCAGGAAUUCCUUUUGAUUGUGACGCCCCGACUUGGGAGGCAGAGGAUGAGUUGAAACAAGCGCUCUACAAUCAUGGCGUGGAGAUGUCAGCUGGACAAGCGUAUCAUGAUGAGAAGCCGGGCAACUUCCGCUUUCUAUUCUCACUAGAUAGGAAUACUGUGGAAGAAGGUCUGAGGAGGGUCAUCGACUUUUACAACACUCGUAGGACAGAUCGGCAAAAAAUAGGCGCUGCAAUGCCGCCAAUACUCUCUCGAAAGCGCUCGCGAUCCGCCUCCCCUCAACUAGAACCGCCGCCGAAGCGUGCGCGGGCCCGUAAACCUUCUGCACCCGCUCGUAAAGGCAAGGAGUCUGUCUUUCAGACACUGGACGCGCCACCCAAAAUCAAGCGGACGCUGUCGCAAACAAAAGCUUUGUUGGAACAAGAAGAUGACGACAGUGAGUUGUCAGAGCUGGAGAGCAGCGAGGAUGACUUUGAAGAUGUUCCGCUGAAUGGCGCAAAUAAGGCCAAAGGGAAGGCGCAAGCUGGCGGUGAUAGCGAUGAAAGUGAGGACCAUGAUUGGGAAGACGCCCUCGGUGCGCACCACCAUACCAAACCGGAUCAUGGCCCUGCGCCUGUCAUUACCGGCGAUAUCGCCCUUACCUUAUCCGCCGCACCCAAGACCGCCUUGGAUACAAAGUCCGAUGGGAAGAAGGGGCCAUCCAAGGUCCAGCGGCAGAUACGGAGCGUCACGCAUUGCAUGCACGUACAGUACCUGAUGUACCACAACCUCAUAAGGAACGCUUGGAUACAGGACAAGCAAGUGCAGACGAUACUUGUCGAAAGCAUGUCGGCCGGGUGCUGGCGCGAACUGGAGAAAUACUGGAGUGAUGCAGGCAUCACAGAUGGGCCUAGUCGCGUCGUCGUGCAGAAGGCACCAAGUCCUCCGCCCAAUCAGGCGACAAAAGACAAGAAAGGGAAGUGGAAGGAUAGUGGGAAGAACGGCAUCAAGGUGUACGAGAGCCCGCAGAAGCGAUCGUCUGUCCGCGAGGACAACAAGAAAACGCUCCAUGGCAAAGACAAGGUCGGCAGCAAAGGUGACAAGAAAGGGCGCGACUGGGGCGCGACAUCCAAGCCACUCGAACCGAAAACUCCGAACUUGUCAGUGGGAGAUCCUCUGCUUCGCCUACUAAGAUAUGUCUCUGCGUAUUGGAAGUCCAAGUUCCAGGUCACAGCCCCGAGCUUGCGCAAACGUGGUUACCUGUCGCCAUCGACACUAGAGGCCGAGAUUAAUGCUUGGAGAGAAGACCCGGAUCAUCCGGAUACUUUUGGGGAGCGAGUCGAGAGUUUAGACGCUUUUCGCGACAGGGCUCGAAAAUGCGAGGGAAGCAGAGACCUGGGAGAGCAACUGUUUACGGCUCUAUUACGAGGCCUAGGCAUUCAGGCCCGUAUGGUAGUCAGUCUACAACCUGUUGGUUUUGGCUGGAGUCAGAGCGAAGAAGGCAAGGCUAAGAACCUUGAAAAGCUGAAGGAUGCAAAGCCUGCCGAUAAGGGGACUCCACAAAAGCCAGCAGCAACAGAUAGCAAAGCGAAAUCUGGUUCGGCUACAAAGAAGAAAGCAGAAUCUACUGAUGUUGAGAUGGAUGACAGUAGCGAUCUAAGCAGUGUCAUAUCCAUCUCUUCUGACUCCGAAGACGAAAGGCCAGCGAAGAAAAUGCCAAAGUCACGCAACUACAGCGAAGAGCUGCCAUACCCGACAUACUGGACAGAAGCUAUCUCACACCUGACACAUACUCCGAUAUCAGUAUCGCCGCUUCCUAAGACGAUCAUAGCAAGCGCGGCUUCUCCAGACAAGCUCGCCGACUUUUACGCUCGUGGUGCGGCGGCCGAUAAAGCGAGACAGGUAUUAGGUUACCUUGUUGCCUUCUCUUCUGAUGGCACAGCCAAAGAUGUCACGACACGUUAUCUACCAAAACGCCAGUGGCCUGGUCGGACAAAAGGCUUUCGCAUGCCAAUCGAAAAGAUACCGAUACACAACAAGCGUGGAAAGGUCAAGCGAUGGGAAGAAUGGGACUGGGUCAAGUCACUAUUGCGCCCCUAUGCCAGGCCUCACGACAAGCGUCAACCAUGGGAUGAAGUUGAGGAUGAGGGCGACCUUGUCCCUCAAGAGCCAGAGAAGAAGAAAGAUAUGGAUGAAGAAGGCGGCAAGGAGACGCUACAGGGCUAUAAGAACUCCGCUGAAUACGUACUCGAGCGUCACCUCCGUCGUGAAGAAGCACUCAAACCCGGCGCGAAAAUUGUUCGACACUUCGUCACCGGCAAAGGCGACAAUGAGAAGUCAGAGCCCGUAUAUCUCAGGAAGGAUAUCGUGAACUGCAAGACCCAAGAAUCUUGGCACAAGGAGGGCCGCGAAGUGCUGGAAGGUCAGCAGCCCCUUAAGCUUGUGCCUAUGCGUGCUGUCACAGUGACUCGCAAACGCGAAAUCGAAGAGCGCGAACGCAUCGAAGGCGGCAAAGUGAAACAAGGGCUCUACUCCAAAGCGCAGACUGACUGGAUCAUUCCUGAUCCAAUCGUUGAUGGCCAGAUCCCACGUAACUCGUACGGAAACAUUGACGUUUAUGUACCAACCAUGGUGCCGAAAGGCGCUAUUCAUAUCCCACUCAAAGGAACAGCGCGCAUAUGUCGCAAGCUCAACAUCGAUUACGCGGAAGCGUGUACCGGAUUCGAGUUUGGUAAGCAGCGUGCUGUACCUGUCAUAACUGGAGUUGUGGUUGCGGAAGAAAACGAGGAUAUGCUCAUAGAUGCUUGGGAAAUUGAAGAAGCCGAAAAGCAGAAAAAGGAGAGAGACAAGAGGGAGAAGUUCUUGUUGGGCCUAUGGAGGAAGUUCGCAAGCGGUCUGAGGAUUGUGGACAGGAUGAGAGAAGAGUACGGAGAGGAUGUCGAAUUGCCAGCAAGAGAGAAGGUGGUACUACCCAAGGAGGAAGACACCACGGAAAAGAAGUCGCAGUGGGAGGUGUUCCAGAAUCACACAGAUUUCGAAGGUGGCUUCAUGCGCGACGAUGGUGCAGCUUCUGGUGGUGGCUUCUUGCCUGAAAGAGCGCCCCAAACGGCACAACAAGAUUAUGACACGGCUGGUGGGUUCCUGUCAACAAGCCAAGACGAUCCUGAACAUGGCGAUCUCACUAUUGAUCACGGUGAGAAGAAGGAUGUACCCCGCGUAUCCGUGGCGGACAGCACAUAUCGCACACCGAUCUCGCUCACACAGGCGUUGCAGCAGCCGCCUAGUGAAUCUGGUGGAGAUUCGGAUGACGAUGCGGACGAUGAUAUGGAUGCGCCACAGGCUCAAGAAGACGAACAGAUCGAAGAAGACGAAGAAGAAAAAGUCAAACCUAAAGCCACUCGCCGCAAGUCAACCGCCACAGCUUCAGCCCGUGGUCGUGGUCGUCCACGUGGCCGCGGAGCAAAGAGUGCGACAGUACCCGCACGGAAACGUAAAUCUAAGGUAACAGAUUCAGGGUCUGACGAUGAUGCGCUCUCUGAUGCGCCCUCGGAUCCGCCAACACCACCGCCUUCCACCCGCUCAGCGCCAAGGCGUAAGGCUGCCAGGAAAAGUGACGCACAAGUCAAGAGCCACUUCUUUGCCGAAGGAAGCGAUGACGAGACGGAUAUGACGGACAUGACUGAGCGCAACUCGCCAAGGAAGAAGGCUGCAACACGAGGACGUGGUAGUGGCAAAGGGAGAGGGACUGGACGGGGAAGAGGGCGAGCGGGGAAAGCCAAGUAG